GCAUUGCACUUCGUAACUCGGCUUCCUCCAAUGUAACCCAGCCGUCCGCGACGGGAAUUCUCAGGGAAUUACUUGAUGCAGUUAGUCACGAAAUAUAAUAUCGCACGCAGAGUGCCGCAAUCGAGUGAAUGUAAACAAACAAAUAAGCACGCCUGGGUACACCUAAUAAAAAUCGUGAUGGCUGUACGCAUAAUUUAAAAUCGAGCGACCCUGCUGGCUGGCUCGAAGAGAAAAAUUGAAUAUCCAACCACCGUGAUUUUUCUAAAUCUGCGCCCACCACCCUUCGCUCGCCCUUCGCAAUCAAUCGCUCUCCACCAUCUUCUUUCCCUCUCUCCAUCCUCCCACCCCACAUCAACACAAAUACAACCUCAAAAUCGCAUCCCCAAUCAAUUUUGUACACACACACUACUCUACACUACACUCUUCAUACCUGCCUGCCUCACGUUCUCCAUUGCCCUUUCGCAAUCACGAUAUACUCCUGCCGCUCACAGUUCAUCUUGAAAGACCUCGAAUAUUUUUUGAAUUCUGAAAGUCGAGUCAAGAAACGUUACCCGUAAACGUUUUCUUCCCUCCUCCUUCUACCUCAAGAAGUAGAGAUCCUUCUUGUGAUAUCCUUUCGGCACGCUGAAAGGUAUUCGAGAAGUGUUCUCGCAUUGAAAGGUCGUCAACCUGGACUUUGACGCACGUAUACCGAUCCCCUUCAGCAUCUUCCCGUCGUCGUAUAGAAGCGACGCCGCUGCCCAACACAUACAUACCACCGAGACUCACGUCGAAGGUGAAAUCACUCUACAACAUCAUCACGAGCGCGUCGGACGGGAAGGUCAAGAAGAGGACGCUCAAUCUCUUUACUCACAGCCCCAACACCAACACCACCAUCACCACGCACACGAACACGAGCACGAGCACCAACAUCAACAUCACCUUCCUCCCCCUCCUCAACGACAGGAGUUCAUAGAAGAAGAGGUUCGCAUCACCCGUGAAGAAGACCGCCGUUCUGAAUACCGUCCGAGCAGCCGAAAAGAAGAAGAAGUUUAUAUUCGAGAAGAACGCAGACCCGAACACAAACACAAACACCACUCUGCUUCCUUCGAUAUCAACACCCCACAUCACCACCGACACUUCGAAGCUUCUUUUGAAAGAGACAGUGAUCGUCACCACAAGCACACUGAAGUUAACAUCGAACUUCCCCGUCGUGAACACCACCAUCACCACCGCCGUCCCUCUUCUGAAGCAGACUUUCAACUAGAACGUCAACGCCAGCCUCGUCACUACGAACCAUCCGAAGUUGACUCUCAAUUCUCUGCUCCUCAAAAGAGUCCUACCGAGACCAACAUCGACUUCGUUGAACGCCAAUACCGUUCCCGAACCCAGCCAACGUUCAAGGAAGACACUGUCAUCGUCGACCCUCCCAAAUCCCGUGUAUCUGAACCAAGAUACAUUGAAGAGACCCGUGUAACUGAGACUACUAUCGUCCCAGCUCCUCGCUCAACUCACUCCCACAAGCCCAAGUCCACCUUCCACGAAGAACAAUUCGAGGAAGUUCACGUCAAGCAACCUCGCACACCAGCCAGAUCUACUUUCACCGAAGAAGUUCGUGAAAGAGAACUCGUCAAGUACACUCCCCCCGCACCCAAAUCAACCACUUCAAGUUUCAAACCAGUCAAUCUCGAAAUGGGUUACUACGAUGAUGAAGGGAAUUAUCACUCCCUUCGUGGAGGUUACUACCAUGGACACGGGAAAACUUUGAACCAGGACCCAAUUGACUCUCUCGAUUUAGCCGGCGCCCCAGCCGUUGCUGCUCCAAAGCAACCUGCCAACACCGUUACCAUCCCUUGCCACCACAUCCGUAUGGGUGACCUCUUGAUGCUCCAAGGACGUCCCUGCCAGGUUAUCCGUAUCACCACCUCCGCCGCCACUGGCCAACACCGUUACUUGGGUGUCGACCUCUUCACCAGACAAUUGAAUGAAGAGUCCUCUUUCAUCGCCAACCCAAGCCCAAGUGUCGUCGUCCAAACUAUGUUGGGACCAGUCUUCAAGCAAUACCGUGUUCUUGAUCUCCAGGACCACUCUGUUGUUGCCAUGACCGAGACCGGUGAUGUCAAGCAAGCCAUUCCCGUUUUGGACCAAUCCAACCUCUGGACCCGUCUCAAGGAGGCCUUCGAAGGUGGACGUGGUAGCAUCCGUAUCAUGGUCGUUGCCGAUGGUGGUCGUGAGAUCGCUGUUGACAUGAAGACCGUCCACGGAUCCCGUCUGUAGAUUUCCUGUACCAGUCACCAUGGCGUCCCACCGGCAAUGAUCCAUUGGCCUUUCGAUGGAGUUUCCUUUUUGUUUUCAUGAUUUUUUAGUGCAUCUUCGGAGGAAAAUUUGAAACGUAUGAUGGGGUAGAUAUGGAUUCAGAUUGAUUAAUGAGGGAUGAAAUUUGGAUGAUCGGGUUUUGAUUCUGAUCUAUCGGAUUCUUUUAGUUUAACGAAGUAUUCAAGUGGACCCUUGAUACCGUCUAUGAUGGUAAAGAGAGUUCUUGAUGCUGAGGUCUUUUUCUACUUUGUAAUUGUGUAAAUAGGAAAAGAUCCAGAAUGAAAACACGCUGCUUGUCUAUCACUUUAUCUCUUAAGUCUUUGAUUGAAUUCCACUAUGUGACUGGUUUAUUACUCUCA